AUGGCUUCUGGAACCACUGAAGGGAAGCUGGAUGCAUGUUGUCUCACUGAGUACCGUCCAUUGCCUGGAACUCCCAGUGGACAAAUCAUCAAGAUCGCUGGAAUUGAUACUUAUCAUGUUUUGGGGAAAGAUGAAACGUCGAAAGGAAAGGCAAUUGUUCUGUUGACCGACGUAUUCGGUCUCACAAAGAAUCCGUGUAUGACUGCUGACGAAGUGUCGGACAAAAGUGGGUUCGAUGUCUAUGUACCAGAUUUGUUCAAUGGCGAUCCAAUUGCCUCCUCAUUGCUGAAGGAUAUGCCUGAAGUACCCGGAGAAAACUUCGUCGGAAAAUUCGUGACAUCAAUAGGACCAUGGAUGUUUAAGCAUCGUCAAGCUGUUACUGCUCCCAUUGUGGAAAAGUUCUUACAGGCUCUUCGAUCGGAAAAAGCAGUAACCAGAAUAGAAGCUGUUGGCUAUUGUCUUGGUGGUCUUCAUGUAAUGUUGCUCGGCGGCAGCAAGCUUCAUCUUGUGGAUGCUAUUGUCGGCUGUCACGUCUCGAUGACUACUAAAGCUCACUUUGAAGAACUACAAGUGCCUGCAGCCUUUGCUUGUGCACAAGAAGACAACCAAUUUUCGGACGCCUUCCGAGCAGAGGCAGAACAGAUCCUUGCUCACAAGCCCGAAAUACCGAGCAAGUUUCUGGUGACUCAUGGGACGGUCCACGGUUUUGCGUCUCGACCCAAUCCAGAUAAUCCCGUCAUUAUGAAAGCCUACACACAGGCCAAUGACCUAAUCGUAGAAUGGGCUAAAGCCCAUCUUUAA